CAGCCCUCUAAACUCACAUUGCAUGAAAAGUUCUUCACUCACCCUCCAUUGCUGCCGGGGGAACAGAUAGUUUCCCAGCAAGAUCAAGUGACCUGUGUUGACACCUUUAAUGAUGUUGCUGAAGGGAUUCUCCAUAUCACCACAUACAGGAUUAUCUUUGCUGGCUGUUAUGCCCAGGUAUUGAAAUAUUCUCAUAUAGUGUAAUGGAAACUUGGAUAGGUGGUAUACAGGCUGAACAAGUUUUUUGUUCAAUUAUUGAAAUAAAAAUAUAAGCAUAAAUUCACAUGAAUUAGUGUAAUUUUUUCAAUUUUUGUUGUAUGUAGUCCUAUUUAGAACAAGGAGAAUAUGAAUAUUUAGAAGCUGAACCCGAGGAAGUGGCAAGGCGAGGACAUUACUAUCAAACCCGUUCUAGAAAGACGUCUUUUGGUCCCCGUGCAAAAUUGCACAAUGCCAGGAGUUGUGAUGACGCAGAAACCAAGCAGAUGAAAAGGUAUACAAACUGCAUAUUUAUUCUGCAGCCCUGAAAAAACAAAAAAUGAAAGUAAGAAAAGGAGCAUACAGUAGAAAUUAUCCCGUUAAAUUGAACUCUAAAUGGAAACAACAAAAAAAUGAGUUAGUUGGGUUUCAAGUGAAUGGGGUCGAUUGCAAAAAUGAAAUUCAAUUUGCCAUGUUACAAAUUGAUAGUUACUGAUUUUUCUGCACUUCAGUGUAUGGUGCAGUGCGAAUUUAACUUAUUUCAUCAGAAAUGGUAACACGAUUAGGCAUUGUUUAUGGUAAAACUUGAUCAGUUCGUUUCACUAAUUAAAAUGAAUUAGAAAUUGAUGUAGUGUUGACCAACGUUAGUUUUAGUGUUUUUGCGGGUGUUAACCUCUCAGGGGAGGAUAACAUUGGGUGGUACAAAAUGAAUAAUAGUUAAUGGGAUGACAUCCGACCAGAGUAACAAGAAUAAGAAUUUGAUUUAUGAGGGUAAAUUUCAAUGAAUUUUUUAUCAAGCUUGAGUUAGGGGAGAAUUCAAGUCACCCGAGUUUGAGUUAACCAAGUGAAAAUUACUGAAGAGUGGGGUAAAAUCCAUGGGAAAUUAGACUUAAUUCGAGUUAGUGGGGAGUUUGAGUUAUUCAAGUUCGAGUUAUCGGGGUUCUACUCUACUUGUAAACCUGUUCUUGAGAAUGAUAUGCUAUAAUUGUAUUGUUUGUUGUACAUGUUUACUGGUCUAUGCAGAAACCAGUACAUUAAAGUUAUAAUUAAUUUAUUGAGUUUCUUAUAUGCACAUAGAAGGAGUAAAAUCUAAUGCCGUAAGGUCAUGUACAUAUUAAAGCCAUUACAUUUUCAUUUUUUCUAGUUUUGUGAGAGAAAUCAGAAAACUAUGAUCAGUUCACGAAAUAAUAUUUAAUAGGAAUAUGUUGCUUGUACAUUAAUUUGACCAAACUUAUUAUUGUUGUUGUUCUCAGUUACUUCUUCUUUUGCUUUAUGUACUUUUUUCCUCACAUUCCUUUGUUCAUUGAUGUUUCUGAGCUUUGUUGGUGCUCAAAAGUGCUUUGUACUGUUAGUCACUGCAUCCCUAAAGUGUGGAGAUAUUUGCACAAAACAAUCUAACUGCCAAAAAAAAAGCAAACAUUGAUGGGAAGCUGUCUCAAUUAAAAGCUUCCAGAAUUUCACAUACAUGCUAUUGUGGCCUUGUAUUUAGCAAAGUCCUUCAGAUCUAAUUCAAAUAUUUUUCCUUAUGUCUAAAGGUUAUCUGCACACAAUCUGUCCAAAAGAGUCAAAGGAGCCAGUGGAAUCGUUAGAGGGGUGAGACAUUCUCAGUCCAUGAUAAGAAAAACUCCCACAGUUGCUGCUCUUCCUGGUUUGGCUGAUCAGAGCCUGAAACUCCAAACUCUGAGACCCGUACAUAUUUUAUCAAACAUUGAACAUGUUGGUGAGUUUUUGUACUUGUAUUUACAGGUAGCUAUUGCUGGUUUGCAUGUGACCUCAGGACAGCUGUAUUGGUGGUCAAGAAAAAAAGCUUUUCUCCCUGCUGGAAGCUGACCUCUGAUGUAAGAUAUAUAUACCCUUACAGAGAUUUUGCCAGCUGGUCGGACAAUGCCCAAAAGUAGACUUCUCUGAUUGCCAUUAUUUAUAUUCAGAAGUCAGCCCCAGCAGAGGUGUGAAAGGAAAGAUUGAAGCAAACUUAAGUUCAUUCUGUUUCUCUCUUGCAGACCAUGAUUAUGAAAUUGUGGCAUCCAUUCCUUUAGCAAGUAUAUGUGAUGUAAAAAAGUUUUCCAGGAAGAACAUGCCUAAAGACAAGCAAAUGUUUUUAAUGGAUGGAUUUGAAGUCUUCUGUAGUAAUAUUCAGUCAUAUAGGGUAUGAAAAGCUAAUGUUUGAGCUCUCAGAAGCUGUGUAGUUAAUUUUGAAGUAAUUACACACAGGAUAACAAUUUGAGUUUCACCCCUUAAAUGUGUGUUGAAAAUCUUGUGAGUUUCCAACAUGUGCUUUGAAUGCCGGUAACAUUAAAGUCAAGAGCAGCUUUUAGCACUGUACAUACAUGAAGUAGAUGAUUGGCACAUAUCAUAACUAUUUUGAUAGUUUGUUUAUGGUAGAGAUUAAUAGGGAUAAUCUGACCAAUAGGACUGUGAAUUGUAAAUUAUUUAAACGUAUGAGUCUUUUACUGUGCUGAGUGAGAAUGUAAAGAAUUGUUUUGUUUUGUACAUGUUUAAGACCAAAGUCAAAGACUAUGUGAUUAAGAAACAGUUGUAAUAGUUGUAGUUCAUAUCAGUUCAUAAAUCAGGAAGUCCGCCCUCUGAUAUUACUUACUACUAUUUAGAAUACAGCGGAAAUCAUCUAAAAGCUCACCAGAGCUUGCUUGAUCUCCUGCCUUGUAAUAAUGUAAUACUGUAAAAUUCCGAAAAUAAGCCCCGGGGCUUAUAUUUUUCAAAGGCCCUUUUUGAGAAGCUUAUUUUUGGAGGGGCUUAUAUUCGGAGGGGCUUAUCUAUGGAGGGAAAUUUGCGUUUCAAAAUCGAUUGGGCUAGCCUUAUAGUUAGAAGUGAAUUUACCAUUUUUGCUUUGUUUUACUUUGUAUUUGAGGGCAAUUUAGCAAGUGCAAGUCCCCGGGGGGCUUAUAUUUGGAGGAGCUAAUUAACGGAAGGUUGUUUGCGUUACCAGUUCGGGGGGCUUAUAUUUGGAGGGGCUUGUACAUGGAGGGACUUAUUUUCGGAAUUUUAUGGUAGGUUAUGUUUAUGAAUGUAUGGUAAAUAAAGGCACUUCUUCUUCUUUGUUUCAGUUCUGUUUAGGUCUUCAGAGUACUAGUGAUGCUGAAACUGUAAUCAAAACUAUUCAUCUUCAUUCCAAAAGAGUAAGCCACAUAAUUUACAGAGCAGGGUAUCAUUAAUGAUGUGCAAAAAAAUAUAUUGGUUGAAUAAUGAAUAUUAGUUUGGAACCUCGUCGUCAUCAUCAAUGUCAUCAUCAUCAUCAUCAUAAUCAUUGUCUUGUCUCUGUCGUCAUUGCCGUUGUUGCUGUCGUCAUCAUCAUCAUUAUCGUUGUCAUCAUCACCAUCAUCAUCUUCAUUGUUGUUGUUGUUGUUGUUGUUGUUGUUGUUGUUGUCUUCAUCGUUAUCAUCAUCAUCAUCAUCAUCAUCAUCAUCAUCAUCAUACUUUGUGUUGUGUGUUUUAUCUUUCUUCUGUUUCAAGGCCAUCUCACUUGUCAGAAUUAAAUAUUUACCCAUAACAGGGCCCCUCUCAUAAGUUGCACAAGAUGCUACAAGCCUCCAGAAGUUGAAUCUGGAGGUGACAUGUACACUGUGCAUAAAAUGUAACUCAUGGUUCCUGAAUUUAUCUGGUUUUUUUUGCAGGGGUUUCCUAAGUUAUUUUCCUUUAUUCACAAGACUGCUAUUCUGCUGCCUAAGUCAUGCGAUAUUUUAGACAGGAGAGAUGCUCCUAACUUCUACGAUUUUAAAUGUAAGUAAAAUGGUCAGGCAAGGUGUUCUUGUUACAGAGUAUCUGAACAGGUAGUAUUGAAAUGACGAAAAUGUCAGAGAAAAUUAAACUAUUCAGAGAGUGAAGUUCUGAUCAAACUCAUUCAAUUAUUGCUUAUGAAAAGUUGAGCACUUUCUGAAAUCCAUUCCUUAAGUGAAAAUAGAAUAAUAUUGUAUGUUACACAUUGUUUUACUUUGCGGUAUCUGUUCAAGAUCUCUUUACUUAAUUAAUAAGGUUUUUGUGACAAUCCUAAUUAGCGCAGGCAGUAACUUCUUUUUAUGAGUUAGGGAUCAUGUAACACCAAGAUUGAGAGAUUGAUACAAAUCUUGAUUGAAAGCCCCCAUCAUUUCCUUUCAUGCACUACAGUUUCAUGUGUGAAUAAAUAGUCUUACAAAGGUUAUGGCAGAGUUACCUUUCAUCAUAAAUAAGUCAAUAUUGUGCUUGAUCCUUUGUAGCAGAAUGUGACAGAUUAAAGCUGUUUCACACAGACAACUGGAGG